AUUUCUGUCAAAUUACAGAUGUCAAUGCCAAAGAUUAUUCACAUUGUGUAAAAUUCCCGUCAAAUUUAAAAGAAUUAUUUCGGCGUACAGUCAAAGUGCUUUUAUAAACUUUACAAUACAAUUUAUAUUAUGAAAUUUAUUUAAGAUUAGAAUUACUUAGACCUUAAUUUAUUUGGAAACCAAUAUUAGAUGUUAUUGAAAUAUGAACGGUCAAUUAAUUUUAAUAGAACGCGUUAUUUACUUUUGUGUUUGGAUAUCAGUUAAUAUAUUUUCUCUUUACAAAUUAAUUAUAGCACAAAAUGAAAUACUAGAUAAAGCAUCCACAAAUCAAAUUAGCCUAAGGGAUCUCAGUCACGGCUGGAGUUUUGUAUCAAGACUGAGGGAUAUAUCAGAUGUUGAGUGGAGCACUUGGAAAUAUUUUAUUCAAACAUCUUGGUAUUACUUGGUGACACAGUUUAUUAUAUCAGAAUUAAUACGAAAUACAAAAACCAACUUCCUAAAAUACUGGUACAUAUUAUCCAGUAUAAUAUUCAUAGCUGUAGCUGCUGGACUAAAGCAAUUACUCAUAAUCACUGCACAACCAGUGAUCUUUGCCAUUAUUAUAUUCAGUGGUGGUAAAAAGAUAAGUGUAUGGUUAACUAGUAUAGUAUUAUUACUGAGUUACAAUUCACUUAAAUAUAAGUACUUCUUCUGGAGAUUCUUGGACGAUGGUGACUUACUGGAUGAAGAAGUGUAUUUAAUAUUGUUUGCUGUGGCAUGGAUUGAGUUGAGAUGUAUAAGUUUUUCUAUUGAUUAUGUUGAAAGACAAGAAAAACUUCAGAAUGCAGAAAAUAAAGGACACAAAACAAUUUCAAAAUAUAAUGAAGCUGUCAACAUGUUUAGUUAUGUGCUGUACUCACCUUUACUACACAUUGGACCCAUAAUGUUGUAUGAGGACUAUGAAAAGAGUUUCACAAUUCAAAUUGAAAGACUAUCAACAAGACUGAAGAGAUUCUCAUUUGAUAUAAUGUUGUUCUUAAUUUAUACAUUUUUAUUGGAUUUGGCAUUUCAUUACAUUUAUUUUUUUGCAAUGCAAAGCAAUAUUGAGGCUAUCAAAAUGUUGCCCACUCUGGCCCUUUGUGGAGGGGGUUUAUGGAUGGGUUUAGAGUUUCACAUGAAGUAUGUAAUAACAUAUGGUACCACUGCAGCAUUUUCCAGACUGGAUAAUAUGGAACCCCCACCGACUCCAAGAUGUAUAGUUAGGAUUCAUGUUUAUUCUCUUAUGUGGAGAUAUUUUGAUGUGGGCCUGUACAAGUUUCUGGUCAAAUACAUAUACAAACCUGGAUAUAACACUUUAUCUAAGUACGUAAAAUUAUCCAAAAUAGGAUACAAAUUGAUUGCAUCAUUAGCCACAUUCCUGUUUAUAUUUUUGUGGCACGGAACUGUGUGGAACAUAUUUGUUUGGUCUGCAUUAAAUUAUAUUGGUAUCCUGUUAGAAUACACAGGUAAAGCCAUAUCUGAGACUGAAACAUAUAAGUUUUUUAAGAAAGCGUUUUUAAGAUCUGAUGAAAUGGAAAUUAGGUUUAUUGCCUUCUUAUGCUCUCCAUUAUUAGCAUUGUCUGCUAUAUCUAGUUUUUAUUUAUUUGCUGGCAGUGAAGUCGGUGAUUUGUUCUUUGGGCUCUUAAAUGGGCCCACCUUCUACAAUUGUAUGAUAGUGGGCCUAUCUUUGUAUUGUUGUUGUCAAGUCUCCAUUGCUUUGAAGGAUGUUCCGUCCCGAACGGAUGUGCCUAGAUCGAAUGUGAAGCAUGAUUGAGGAAAAUAAUAUGUAUAUAAAUACUUUUUGUUCCUAAUAUAAAUUCUGUGAUAAUGAUCAAUGUGGACUUCAUCAAAAGCACUCUGAUUUUUCUAUUACAAUUUACUGUAGUGUAUUAUUUAUUGACAUUGUGAAUAAUGAGAAAUGUGGUUGUAGGUCAUGACAUGAUUUUUUUAGUUAUUUAAUUUUACCAAAUACUGGCACAAAUAUAUCAAUUUUAAGAUCAA